GGAUAGUGAUUUGCAAUUUGGCACCUAGCUUUUGACUAACCAUUGUACCUUCCACAAUCGCAUUUGUGUAAGUUCUCACAUAAUGUUUAUACAAAGCUCACAUAGUAUGUAAAUCUUUUUUUGCACAACGUGAUUCAUUUAUAUCAGUCUCAUCUCAUGUUAUUAAAAUUUAAUUUAAGUUUCAUAUAAUACAAUAGAAGUUUAAUAGUAAAGUAUAAUAGUAAUGUUUAGUAACUUAAUACUACUGUUUUAGUACAUAUUUUUCUACAGACAACUUGAGGUAAUCACGUACACGGUACACUAUCCUCCCACGUAAAGUCCAACUCGGCAAUUCAAGCUUAGUAAAUAAUUAAGUAUUAAGUAUUUUUGUUUGGUUUCUAAUUCAUUAUCGUUGUCGUUGACAUUAAUAAUUCUCAAAAUAUUCAAAACUCCAUUGCUUGCGCGUCUCUUCCCCCAUUUUCUUUGCUUUUCUUGUUUGACCGAUUUACACAUAGAUGUGCAUACAUACAUGAUAUAAAAUAUAAUACACAUAAUUAUAUGUAUAGUCUAUAUGCAUAUAUGUGCCGCUCAUAUCUUCAACCUUCUAAAAAGCUAAAAUCUAUAAAAACCCUAGCUAGUUGCUAAAUCAAUGUGUCCUCCUCUUUUCUCCAAACAUUGUAUGAAUCUUGCUCAUAAAACCUUAUUUAUGACUGUUUAUUUCGUCUUGAUCCUCUUAGUUUUUAGUUCUUGCAACGCCGCGGAGAGGAUGGGACCAAUUAAGGUUUCUGAAAUGGAAAUAGUUCACACAAGAUCAAGAUCGUCAAGACAUGAGUUCACGGAUGGUUAUAGAUUCAAAGGUCGUGUGUUCCAUAUUUUGUCUAAACGGGGACUUGUACCACCUUCGGGACCUUCCAAAAGGCAGAAUUCUGUGGUGAAUGAUCUCAAACACUAAUUGGUUUCUUGUUUUUGUUGUUUAGUUGGUUUUUUGACAAUCAUAAUAUACAUGUUUAGAAGAUUUUUGAAAUUGUUUUUUUUUUGGCGAGGUUUUGGUCCUUUGAAAAUAUGUUUUUGUUCAUUUUAUACAUCAUUUGAUUUCAUUCAGAUCUGUAAUAUCUCGUUGGAAAGUGAUACGUACGUGCGUAGAUUGUAUGUAUCACCUUUUUCUCACACCAUUGUAUAUAUCUUUCAUAUCAAAUCUCUUCGAAAAUCAUAGGGAGUAUCAAUAUGGAUGGACUAAUCUACCUUCUCAGCUAGAGUUUUUUAAUGGGUAGAUAUUUUGUAAUUAUUUACUUGGUAAUUUAACCCUUAACCAUCAAGCUCACGGAUUGAUCUUAUAUUUGAAACAAUAUGUAUAUCAUAAAAAAAGAAACAAACAUACAUUAGUUUUCAAGGAGUAACUAAUAAAAAGAAUGUCUGAAGUAUAUCAUGUUUUAAACUCACCUAGCCUUAAGUUUUAACUCAUGGAUAGUUGUAAACACUUAUCUUAUGGGUAAGCUCAAGAAAAGAAAAGCAUUAAACUAAAUCAUGAAACUUGUUUAAUAUGACAGAAAAUGCUUAUUCACUGCUAAUAAACACACCACGGUAACGCAGUCAAUCCAGCGAGGUAUAAUUCUGACCGCUUGAAGUUACAUUCUUUUUCGUCAAUAGUCACCAUAUAUAUAAUUAAAUUUAAAUAGGAGUUUGUGGUUCCAUAAAUUCCAGAACCAACAGUCGAGGGUAAUUUACAUGAAAGAUAUGGUUCCUCGUGUUUUUGUCCUUUUGUAAGGAUAUAUGCAUAGACAUUUUGACUAUGAGGAAUAAGCCUUAUAAUAUAAAUGUUAAAGGAAGCUCAAAUGGUACUAACACAAUUGUCUUGAAAACGAACCAAUAAUAGGGAUUUUCGAUCAUAUGAAUCAGGUCUGAGCAAUCCGUCUCAGCAUAGACUGCAUGCUUGGAAAAAAAAUUUAUCACAGAGGCAUACCAGUCCCCACGUAAGUCUGUCCAUCUCUGUAUAUAUAUAUUUUUUUUUGAAACACAACUUAAUUAUAUUCCACCUCAACUCUUUCGGUUACAAUAAAAAGAGAAUGUCCAUCCUCUUUGAUUCAAAAGAUAAAACUAUAAUAACACAAA